GUUGAAAUGGCGGCUUCGAACCAUACACGCACGCGCUGAUUCGCGGACUUUCCUAUAAAUCCCCCAAUCACGUCAAGCGUGCGAUGGCGGACUCGACGAUGAUGCUGGCGUUGCGCCGAUACGACGGCGAGGCGGCAUGGACCGAUACCUGCUUGACCAACGGUGCGAGCCUAUCCGGCCUCGUCCCGGACAACGAAGGAAACGCGCAGCUCUCAUGCUACGCCUUCCCCAACCACAGCCCGGACGCUGACACGCUGCUUAUGCUGCGACUGCCCGGCUCCAAAAUGCCGUCGCUUGUGGCGUCCGGGGUACCUGUGCUGCGGUUGGUGUCGCACGUCCAAGACUGCUUUCCCACACUCGUCAAGGUCCGCCCCAUGACGUCGUUUGAGAGCGACACAGAGAGCGAUGAAGACGAAGACGCUGUGCAAGAGCGCAAGCGCCGAAAACUUCUUACCCAUCCGACACCGGCGCCACCCAACGACGACGUGGCUAUCGAGGCCUACUGCGCCCGAUGGGAGGCCAGUCUGCGCAUCGUGAGUGAAGCCGAGCUGCCAGACGAGCUCGAGUGCAUGCAAGUGGAUGCAGCCUUGGCCAAGAGUGCCUUCUCGACUGCAGUGCCGGGGUACUACCUACUUGCCGAGUUGCCGCCCGUAUUGAACGCAGCCAUGAAGGCGAACGUUGGCUUUGCCGUGUUGCACGCAGCGCAUCCUCCUGGGCACCUCGCAAUCGCGACGCCCGUGCAGGGCCAAUUGCCUAGCGACGUCGGCAUGUACGUGCACAGCGUGUACACGUUCAACGGACAGCGCGAAUCCACGGAAUGCGGUGCCGGCAAGACAUCGAGCGAGAUGGUCGACAACAUUCGCCGGCGCCAUGCAUCCGGGACGUUUACAAAGCUCGUGCUGCCCACGCGCACCUGGGAGGACGUCGCUGCAACGACGUUGCUUCCGCUCGCAAAGCAUUUCGUCGGCGACCUGCGUCUGCGCAAGGUCAUGCAGACGCUACCGAUGGCGCCAGUCUGCAUCCGCCUCACGUAACCUUGUCGUCAAGGGCAACCUUUCGGGACCUUCCUAUUUUGUGUUUAAAAUCUGUUUUAAACACGGCCCACGACCGUUGGCCAGCUCAGUGUCUUGGGCAUUCUAUCUUGUC